AUGGCGGAUGGGGACGAUGUUGAUGACACAUUGUCAUCAAAACAGAAAGUUCUAACGGAUGAAAGAGAUGUCCAAAGAAAUCAUGAACCACCACCUGCCCAUUCCCUUAAACCCAGCAAACCUAUCCACAAACUCUUGUCUGAUGUUGGACAGUACUCUUAUGCAGCAUUGUGUGCCGUUUCACUUCGUCUUUUGUUUGGAGACAGUUGGCACAGGAAUUUCAAGAAAGACACUUUAAAUGCUAUUCUGAAACAUUUGGAUCAACCAAGUCAGGUAUGUGAAUCCAUCCAGGCACUUCUGGCAGGUCAGGGAGUAGAGGAGACAAAUCCAUAUGUGGACCUGCUUUUUGAAGAAGAAGUGCUCAAGAACAAUGGUGACCCUAUUGUCACCGACCUUGUUACUAUGGCAAUCACUAAAGGUUGCUAUGAUUCCCGUGUUCGGGUGUUUGUGAAGCAUGCUGCCUGGCAGCUCCGCGUCAGCUGGGACGUCCUGGAGGACAUUGAGUGUCAGCUGGCCGAGACGCUCGGGAGCAACCAAUAUGUGAUGACAGAUGAAGAGAUCAAAGAAAAGAAGCGAGUAGCGACAAAAAGUAAAGUUAAAAGGAUAGCCCUCAUCAGUCUUGCAACAAUAGGAGGAGGAACGAUCAUAGGUCUGACUGGAGGUCUGGCGGCUCCCUUGGUGGCUGCAGGUGCUGGAGCCCUGAUUGGUGGAGCUGGUGCAGCAGCUCUGGGGACUACAGCAGGCGUAGCCAUCAUUGGUUCCCUGUUUGGUGUAGCAGGGGCUGGACUUACAGGCUACAAGAUGAAGAGAAGAGUUGGUGCAAUCGAAGAGUUUGAGUUUGAACCGUUGAUUCCUGGAGGACCGCUACACAUGGAACCGGUCAUUAAACAGCUGCACAUCACAGUGGCAGUGACCGGCUGGCUCUCAAGCACCAUGCAAGAUUUCCGGAAGCCAUGGACAUCCCUAGCAGAAUCCCGAGAGCAGUAUUGUUUGAAAUGGGAAUCAAAGUACCUGAUUGAGCUUGGAAAGGCUUUUGAUUAUAUCUUAAGUGGUGCUGUAACCAUGGCAACUCAGGAAGCACUGAAAUAUACUAUACUCUCAGGUCUGUUGGCUGCUAUAGCCUGGCCUGCUGCCCUGUUGUCUGCAGCCAGCGUGAUUGACAACCCCUGGAGUGUGGCUGUACAGAGAGCCAACUCAACUGGGAAACAGCUAGCGGAAGUACUCCUAGCCAGGGAGCAGGGGAAGAGGCCAGUGACUCUUAUAGGUUUCAGUCUGGGAGCCAGGGUCAUCUUUACAUGCUUGGAAGAACUAUGCAAGAGAAAAGGGUCUGAAGGUAUUGUGGAGGAUGUGAUUCUACUGGGGGCCCCUGUGUCAGGAGACCCCAAAUACUGGGAACCUCUGGAGCGUGUCCUAGCAGGCAAGAUCAUCAACGGAUAUUGCAGAGGAGACUGGCUGUUGAAGUUCCUGUACCGAACUGCCUCAGUUCAGAUAAAGAUAGCAGGGCUUGGACCAGUCAAGUGGAAUAACCGCAGGAUGCACAACAUUGACCUCAGUGAUGUGGUAAAUGGGCACAGUGACUACAUGAAGCAGCUCGAUAUCAUCAUGAAAGUUGUGGGUGUCCGCACCAAGGAUGAGCUGAAGAAAUCAAGUACUACAAGCAGCUUCAGCAGCAACCUGUCUCCUGGCGACACACCAGCCUCGGACCAGCCCUCACAGUCAACAUCGUUGUCAACGUCUCCAUCACUUUCAGCAUCAUCACCAUUUUGUGCAGGGUCAGUUGAGAUGCAGGAGAUGACUAGUCAAGGUGUUCCAGGAGAGAUGUUAGAUGACAACACUUCAGAAAGUGAGACUAUUGACAAACUGGGAAAUUCAGGGAAAGCCUCUCAGCAGCCACAUGACAUUGCAGGAGAGGCAAUACUACACAAUAAUGGGGAGGAAUCCUCCUUCAACCAAAAUCAACUUGACACACAGGGAAAUGCAGGGACACCUUCACAAUCAUGGUACAGUGAGGUGCAAGAGGUGCUACAUGAUUGUGGGCACAGCCCUUCCACCGAAAAUGAGUCCAGAAGUCCGCAUUUUCCUGAAACCAAGGAAAGUAUAACAGAAAAUGAAGUGCCUAAAGCAGCCUCCUCCGAUGAUAAACCAUCAGAUGAGGAGGAUGGUAAUGGUGCAAUGAAAGUUGGUGAUGGUCAAAGGGAGAUCUGCGAGUUGGAGGAGGGUUCGAGGAUUGUUACAGACAGAUACGAAACAGGGAGGAGUAAAUUCAAGGAAAAUGGUUUUGAGUCACAAGAAAUUAAAGAACUUGAAACUGAAGAGAUGGACACAGUGAUGGCAGGUUUGGGAGAUGUGCAUUUUGUCCCUUCAGCUGACGUGUAGGAUGGUGGGACAGAAUUUGUAAUCAUGGCUGGACCCAUAUCUCGAUGCAAUUUUCACAUGAUGCCUGUGGUAGGAAAUUUGAAAAAAAAAUAGUCUCUUGGAAAUUCCCUUGAAAGACAUCCAGAUUUUUUAAGUUACUAUGUCAUUUACAUUAAAGUUUAUAAAUCACAGUAUUGCUGAUCAGAAGUUUGGAUCAUUUGCAAAAACAAUUCUAUUCACUCCAAUAGUGAUGAUAUUGGUUUGUUAGUGACAAUUUAGGAAUUUAAGGUACUCUCCAUUUUGUCCAUUUAGGCAUUAGAAGUCAGGAGAAGAAAAUGAUGAGGCUCUAUUUUUGAAACAGCUAAUUAUCUGUUGGAUGGUUAGGGGAAAUAUGGGGUUUUCACUGUUUGUGUUAUACAUAUCAGACUGAAGACAGAUGUUGUUUAACAUAGUCAUAAGGCACAAAGACAGAUACAUGGGGUUCCAUCAUUGGUCAGUGGAGUCAAAAAGGCACUGGUUGAACCUCCCAGGCUUUGCAGUCAUUACUCUGUAUCCUGGGCUUUGUCAUUACUCUGUAUAGUCAUGAAACAUGCAGCUGAACAUCUUGGAGUUCUCAUCAUUGUAUAAAGUCUCCGGGAGACCAAGUGGCACAAGAUAUAUUUCCUUGGGAUACAAGAUGCUGACCUAAUGUAUUGGAAUAUUCCUUGCAAAAUACACAGAAAUAAAUGUCAAGGAGGGGAAUGGGUGUAGAUUUUGUGGUUGGGAGCUUGACAGCUUCAGCUGGAAAUACUGUCCCGUGUUGCAGGCUAUGAAAUUAAUCACAAGAUGUUUUGGCCAUAUUUUGUUGCUUUGUUUAUAUAUUAUUUGCAAAACCAUUGAAAUGAAAAAAAUGUAGAAUUUUUAGUUUCAAAUUGGUCUCUGAAAAGAACUGGAAACUGUCAGUGGGAUUGGU